GGUGCCCACGACCAGGAAACAAUAACUCAACGGUUUCAACGCCUUCAACUGGAAGUUCGCCAGCUAAUGAAUGAUGCUGAGACCGUGGGUACGCAGAUGAAACAAGCGGAUCCGUCUGAGCCACUUUCUGCCAGCGAGCUUAAGCAGAUGGCUUCUACCCUGAAUGAACAGCUCAGCGCCCUGCAGAUUGAAGAUAUUUUCGGACCUAAUGCAGCGGUUGACCUAACUGGCCAAGAGGCCAUUCUUCAGAAACGAAUUGUAGAACAAAUAAACGCCUUCAAGCCUCGUGAGAAACCCACCAAGGGUGCACGUCAAGAUCACAUCACCUAUGAUCUCUACAUGAAACCGUCCUUGAAAGAUGAAGGCCAAAACCAAAAGCCGGGUAAUCUGGAUCAAAUAGAGUCCCGUCUAGCCAGUCUCCAAACAAAGUUACAGAGCAUUACAGAGAAGCGUGAAACAAUUGCCGAUGCUGAUUCACAACACAAGAUCGCCGAGUUGUAUGAACUCGUAAAGAAGUGGAGCUCUAUGGCCGAUGAUUUGCCGCAGAUUGUCCAAAGAUUGCAGGACCUUCAGAUUUUGCACGAACAGGCUUCAGAGUUCAGCUCCUCCAUUGCGAGUAUGGAACUCGAGCAGAAAAGAAUCGAUCAGAACUUGGAAACUUAUGGAAAACUUCUGAACCAAACUUAUUCCAAUCUGCUCACUCAUCAGUCUGCGCCGAAGGUGUCUCCUUACGGCUACUCGCUAAUAUGA